AUGUCCAAGCCUCAGCCCAAAGCAGAAUCUCUCGCAGCCACGAUUAGCCAGAAUACUGCAGAGAUAAGCCAAUACCUAGCUGCACAAGGCCUUCCCGAGCUCUCCUUUGCCCCUGGAGCACUUCCUGUUCUGGAUCUCCCACCGCAUCUUCAAAAGGCUCGGGCCGAACUCCUGGAUGCGACUGCAGAGCUUCAUGAUCUAGUCACGGGACCUCUCAGCUACCUUGUAGGCUUGGUCAGUCCUACUCAUAACAUACUUGCGAGUAUUAAAUUCAUCAACCAGUAUCAGGUCGCAUCGAAGAUCCAAGCAGAUGAAGAAGUCAGCUACGAAGAACUCGCUCAACGAUGCAACGUCCAGGUCGAUGCCAUCCGACGCCUCCUGCGCUUAGCAAUUGCCUUCCAUAUCUUCAGGGAGACCUCGAACGGUUCAGUUAGCCAUUCUGCAGUGUCGAGAUGCAUGCUUGAAAUGCCUCUAGUGAACGACUGGAUCGGCCAUUUUUGCGAUGAGGUAUGGCCAGCAUCUCCACAUACCGUCGACGCCCUGAUGAGAUGGCCAAAUUCGGAGGAGCCUAAUGAGACCGCAUUUUCACUUUCCCAAAGCUCCAACCCAACGCUUUUCGGGUUCCUGCAAGGCACCCCAGCCAAAGCUGAGCGUUUUACGAACGCGAUGAAGUUUUUGCAAGCUGCACCUGAGACAGGCGUAUCACAUCUACUGAAAGACUUACAAUGGGACACAGAACCUGUGCCGAAACGUCUGGUCGACAUUGGUGGUGCAGACGGAGCUAUCACUACCGCAAUUCUGCGCCACUUUCCGACCAUGACAGCAGUGGUUCAGGACCUACCGAAUGUCAUUGAAUCAAACAAGGUCCCUCACGACCUAGAAGGUCGCCUGAAGUUGAUGAGCCACGACAUGUUUUCUCCACAACCAUUGCUGGAUGCUGACGUUUACCUCCUCCGCUCGGUGCUUCACGACUGGUCCGAUAAGUACUGCAUCAGAAUUCUGCGCAGUAUCAUCCCAGCCCUGAAGAGUGGUUCAAAAGUGAUUUUGAACGAAGUCUGCAUGCCUGCACCAAAAGUGCUGUCUGCUUCUCAGGAACGGCUUUUACGAGGUUAUGAUCUAACGAUGAAGCAAUUGUUCAAUUCCAAAGAACGGGAUGCAAAAGAGUGGGAAUCUCUCUUCGCCGCUGCCGACACCCGCUUUCAUAUACGGAGAAUCACUUGUUCCCCUGGCUCUGUACUAUCAGUGAUUGAAGCAGUCUGGACAGAGGGCUCCACUGUGACGUUUGAAGAGUCACUAUAG